UUUGUCCUUCUAGUACAGAGAGCUGUUGGGUGGUGAUCUGUGGGACUUGGACGUGGAUGAAAGUUUUGGACCUGGAUAUUGGUGAAGUUUUGGACUCGGAUGCUGGUGACUUGUUGUACUUGACAGAUUGGUGUUGGUACAAGCAUUUAUAUCAACAAAGAUGAAGAAGUGGGAAAUGGCUCAAGGCAAAGUCCUACAGUACAACUCCUUUGAUGAAGAGGCUUUAACGCAGCACUAUAAAAUCCUAAAGACCCUUGGCCGAGGAGCAUUUGGAGAAGUAAAAUUGGCUAGCCAUCUACUCACCCAGACAAGUGUAGCAGUAAAAGUUCUUCCAAAAGGCACAAAGAAUAUGUUCGUCAAAUCAGAAAUUGAAAUAAUGAAAUCUCUAGACCAUCCCAAUAUCAUUAAACUUUUACACAUAAUCGACACCACAAAUAACACUUACAUGGUUAUGGAACAUGCCACAGGUGGAGAGCUAAUGAACAGGAUUGUGGAGUUUGGCUACCUACCGGAGGAGGAGUCCCAUAAGAUAUUUAAACAGAUGGUGUGUGCCCUCCAGUAUUGUCACAGGAAAGGGAUUGCUCACAGGGAUCUAAAGCCCGAAAAUAUUUUAGUGGAUGGCAAAGGCAAUAUAAAACUGAGUGAUUUUGGGCUGGGCACCAAGCUUACCAUGGGGCAGAAGCUAGCAUAUUUCUGUGGGACCCUUCCUUAUUGUGCCCCAGAACUCUUUGAAGGUGGAGGCUACGAUGGCCGAGCAAUCGACAUCUGGAGCUUGGGGGUUGUUCUCUACUUUAUGUCAACAGGGUGCCUCCCUUUCAAGGGAACUACCUUUGGAAUACUAAAGGACAAAAUCUUGUCAGGAAAGUACUCUCUUGAAUUCAAGUUGUCGCCAGAGCUUUGGGAUGUUAUUGCUAAGUUGUUAACUGUAAAUCCUGGACAAAGACCAAGAAUAGAUGACAUUGUAGGCUUUCAAUGGCUAAAGCAUGGCAGUGAAGGUUCUCCCAAACCCUUUAGAGAGAACAAUGAAGACAGCUACCCAGACCCCACUGUGAUGGUCAUCAUGGGCGUCAUGGGUUAUAAGCAAGGAGAGAUAAUGGAAUCUUUACAGGAGAAGAAGUUUGAUCAGGUGAUGGCCACCUACUUGAUCCUAAGGCAGCAGUCACCCUGGCAAGACGACUUGAUAAAAGAUCUUCAGCUCAAGCAGUCUUCUGGAGCCUUGAAUGUUACAGGCCUUCCCACAAUACCUAAAGUGGCUCUAAAGAGGGGAUCUAGUGUCCCUAUCCUUCCCACUUUUUCCAUUUUGCCCACUCUACCUGAGAGUCCUGAGAACGACAAAAAGGGGAGAACACGGAACAGUAUGCCUCCCACCGUGAACUGCCCUAACAAGAAAAUAGCCCCAGUUCCCAGAAUCUGCCCCCAUCGUGUACACGAGGCUAACUUCAUGAAUAGCACUUGGGGGGAUUCAGUGAGCACUAUUAACACCUCUGAUGAAAUAUGUACCAGAAUGUCUUCAGCACUGGAAACUUAUUCUAGUAAAUUAUCCCUGGAUGUGUCCAAAGCUGGCCCUAACAAAUCAAAGAACAAGGCGUCCUCACAGGAGGUUUUAUCUCAUCACACCCCAAUGGAGAAAGUUCAGUGCAAUGACGUCAACAUACCAGGUGAAAAUAUUGCCUCAUCUCUCCCACAAACCUCACCUCAGGAGGACCUCAGAGGACAGCCCCACAGUGUGGCUACAGCUAGUCGGAGAGAUAAAAAUAUCAGCUCAUCUCUCCCACAAACUGUACCUCAGGAGGACCUCAGGGAACAGCCCCGCAGUGUGGCUACAGCUGCUUCAAAGAGCAACAUGACCUCACAGGAUAGAUCACCCCCAUUCUCCAGCAAGGAGGCCCAGGAUGAGGGUCUCAUUGUACAAGAAAAAGACCUCAGCCCAUCCUCCCCAGAAACACCCCAGGGACACCUCAGUGGCCGGAGGCAGACUGCACCCAGAGCCCCCUUUAGAAAGCGCAUUUGGAAGAGCCUACAGAGCAGGAUUAUAAAAGGCCUGAGAAGUUUAUGUUGCUGCCUACCAACGGAAAAGAGGGAGCGCGUAGGCUGCAACAAAAUCCUGCCUGUGAGCUUAAAGGACCACGGAGGCAGCCAAGGUGACAGUGCUGUUGGAGGCACUGUGCUCCCUGCAAGCUGAAACUAGGGAGUGAAGAGCAGCAUGCUGAGGAUGCACACGGGCACUGGAGAGAGCCAGGUAGGUUCAUGAUGGCUGGUGGUGCCACAAUUGUGCCAGUAAAGUGAAGCACUCUGUGGGACCAGAAGUCCUUUAAACAAGGAUCCAUGGAGUGCUGUGACCAUUAGAAAAACAGGCCUCAGAGGACCUUCCACGCACAGAGAGAUCGUCAGUCCAGCUACCUGUCUCCAGGUGUACCUGUGAGCCAUUAGAAGAGACAGCGACUCUGGAAGCAGAGGAGGACUCCAGAGGCCUGACCCAUUUGUAUGUGUUCAAGAUGAAGAUUGCUGACCAGGUUGGAGCCAGAAACAGAGGGAUGACUUUGCAGGGAGUGUCCAUCUUGUGCUCAUUUGGGAAGGUAGAGUGUGUAGGAACAGGUGAGUCCAUUAGUUAUGGUGCGGCUCUCAGCACCAUCCUGAACUACUAGACAGCUCGCUUCCUGUCCCCACCAGAUCCAGACACUGUCACAACUCACCCCAGCACUGUCACUGGUGAACCUGCUUGUUGCUUUGCAACCUGAGUCAUAUGGAUGUACUCUUCUGUCCUCUGCAUCUGGACAGACAGGGACAGACACACACACCCACACACACACACUUCUCCCAAUGUACCUUGUGCACAGUUGACACUAGUGAAGUGUGUUUGAACGGGAGAGGAUUCCCAUUCAAGCAAGGUAAUUUCAUAUUCCAUGUGAUUUCCCUCCUGGAAAUGCCUCAAAUUCCUCUAACUCAGCUUGUUCCUGUCUCCACCCCCCAGCAAACACUUACCACCCUGCUCUACUGAUUCGCAGGAGCCACGUGAAGCCAGCACAUGCCACGGUGCACAUUUUGCCCCAGGGCAUCCGUUCCUGUGCAAGGGACAUUGCUGUUGCUGAGGCUUUGUGUCCCCAGGCAGCAGGCUGGGAAAGACCUUUGCUGCCUGUGUGACCCUAUGCUGGGGCUACCUGAGAGACUCCUGGGACUACACUCAGCAGGGGACAUUUUCAACUGGAUGGUGCUUAGAGCAAGAGAUGCCAUUUAUGCCCUAACACACUGGAUGGAAGAGGGACGUACAGGUCUCCUUGAUGGAGGAGGCUUCUUCUGAUUGACAGAGAAGUUGGGCCAGAGACUUACAAGCAGAUGGACUAAAGAGGAACAAGGGAAAAUGUCUACUGAUCCAGGUGAAGAUCAGCCAUCAAGGAUAUGCUCAGAGAGCUGGGCAUAAGAUUGCUCUGCAGAAGUGUUUCCAAGAAAGACAGACACUGGACAAAAAGAUACAUGGCACAGUAUGAAUACAGAUAUUGUUUUCUUGUUACAAUAAAUUCCUUUGUAUAUUUGAA